UAGACAGAAAAUGACUGUCAAAUUUUAGUUUUGGUUUCGAUUUUGAUCGGCGAAUCUAACUUCGUUAUUGUAGAAACUUGUAAUAAAUUAAACAUAUUUCUGGUGGUAAUUUAGUUUAUCUGUAGUGUCUUCAAUUAGAGUUUAGUAGUUUUAUUUAGAAGUAAUCUAUUUAGCACCGAUCUAACAAUGCCUAGUCAAGAGGUAGUGACUACGAAAGUAGUGGUUCAUCCAUUGGUUCUACUUAGCGUCGUGGACCAUUUCAAUCGGAUGGGCAAAAUUGGCAACCAGAAGCGAGUUGUGGGAGUUCUUCUAGGCUGCUGGAGAGCUAAAGGAGUUUUAGACGUGUCAAACAGUUUUGCAGUACCAUUUGAUGAGGAUGACAAAGACAAAAGUGUGUGGUUCUUGGAUCACGAUUACUUAGAAAACAUGUAUGGCAUGUUCAAGAAAGUGAAUGCCCGGGAGAAGGUUGUGGGCUGGUACCACACCGGUCCUAAACUCCACCAGAAUGAUGUGGCCAUUAAUGAGCUGAUCAGACGCUACUGCCCUAACUCUGUCCUUGUCAUAAUUGAUGCCAAGCCUAAGGACCUUGGCUUGCCCACUGAGGCUUACCGAGCUGUUGAAGAGGUCCAUGAUGAUGGCAGUCCAACCACUAGGACUUUUGAGCAUGUACCGAGUGAGAUUGGUGCUGAGGAGGCAGAGGAAGUUGGUGUAGAACAUUUGUUGAGAGAUAUCAAGGACACGACGGUUGGCAGCCUCUCCCAGCGCAUCACCAACCAGCUGCUUGGUCUGCGAGGCUUGCACUCACAGCUGAGUGAAAUCAGAGACUACCUUAUCCAAGUAGGCCAGGGCUCCUUGCCAAUGAACCACCAGAUCAUCUACCAGCUGCAGGAUAUCUUCAAUUUACUGCCUGACAUUGCCAGUGACAACUUUAUUGACAACCUGUACAUCAAGACUAAUGAUCAGUCUCUUGUUGUGUACCUGGCAGCUCUUGUCCGGUCCAUCAUAGCCCUCCACAACCUCAUUAACAAUAAGAUUACAAACAGAGAUGCUGAAGAAGGCAAGAAAGAAGAAGCAAAAGAUAAGAAAGAUAAAAAAGACGACAAAGAUGACAAGAAAACAGAAGACAAAGUGAAAGCUGAAAAGAAAGAAAAAGAUGAGAAGAAAAAGUAAUUUAGAAUCGUCAUUAGUUUAAGUUGUUUGUAAUGCUGAAUUAUUUUUAAAUAAAUUGUAUUUACUAACUUCAA